AUGAUGGAUGAUGGCGGGCGGAAUAAACCGUACGCAAGUUCCGCCGGCGAAUACGCCAGGGUGGACUAUCAGCUGUGGAUCGAGAAGGUAGUGGGCAGAGCUGCGUUGUGGGGCGCGAUACCCUGUGGCGAAGAGAUGUGGGCAACAGCGUCAAGCAAAUACGCCAGUCCGAUGACUGAGUCAUGUCGAGAUAUGUCAACUGUGGUGCCGAUUGGCGAUAUGGUGAAAAAUGUCGACGAUUUCCACGAAAAAAUUCGUUCCUCGGUUCUUCCUGCUGAUGUGCUUUUUGCCUCUACGCUGUCCGCAAAUUUCCCUAAGUGA